CAGCUCUCAGUAAGUUGAAAGGAGAUCCUGCCUAAGAGGACUAGAAGAGGCUGAUUGGCUGCGGCUGGUAGUCAGGGUACAUAAAAGGCUGCUGUAGAGCACCUGGGAACGUUGAUGCCAUUACCUACCUAGGAACCUGAGUGCUCCUCAGUGCCUCUGUACCAUGAGCGGGUGCCCGUUUUUAGGAAACAGUGUGGGCAGAUAUACUUUGAAAACAUUAUCCAUAGACGACAGUGAAGAAGACAAAGCUCAAAAUGGUGUGAACAGAGCCAGCAAAGGGGGGCUGAUCUAUGGGAACUACUUGCAGUUGGAAAAGAUUUUGAAUGCACAAGAACUUCAAAGUGAAAUAAAAGGCAAUAAAAUCCACGAUGAACACCUUUUUAUCAUAACUCAUCAAGCUUAUGAACUUUGGUUUAAGCAAAUUCUCUGGGAAUUAGAUUCUGUUCGAGAGAUCUUUCAAAAUGGCCAUGUCAGGGAUGAGAGAAACAUGCUCAAGGUAGUGACACGGAUGCACCGUGUGGUGGUGAUUCUCAAGCUCCUGGUACAGCAGUUCUCUGUGCUGGAAACAAUGACGGCCUUGGACUUCAAUGACUUCAGGGAGUACUUAUCUCCAGCAUCAGGCUUCCAGAGUUUACAGUUCCGACUGCUAGAAAACAAGAUAGGUGUUCUUCAGAGCUUGAGAGUCCCUUACAAUAGAAGGCACUAUCGCGAUAACUUCAGAGGGGUGGAUAACGAGGUGCUGCUGAAGUCCGAGCAGGAGCAGACUCUUCUGCAGCUAGUGGAGGUGUGCACUAGCCGACUGCCUCUCAGCGUCUGCUACUUCAUAAUUUUAAUGUUCAUGGCUCACAUCAAAGCAUGGCUAGAAAGAACACCUGGUUUAGAGCCACAUGGAUUUAACUUCUGGGGAAAGUUUGAAAAAAAUAUCAUGAAAGGUCUGGAAGAGGAAUUCCUACAGAUUCAGGCUAAAGAAGAGUCUGAAGAAAAAGAGGAACAGAUGGCCGAAUAUCGGAAGCAGAAAGAGGUGUUACUGUCCUUAUUUGAUGAGAGACGCCAUGACCAUCUCCUCAGUAAAGGUGAAAGGCGACUGUCCUACAGGGCUCUGCAGGGGGCACUGAUGAUUUAUUUCUACAGGGAAGAGCCUCGUUUCCAGGUCCCUUUCCAGUUGCUGACCUUCCUCAUGGACAUAGACACACUCAUGACCAAAUGGAGAUAUAACCAUGUGUGCAUGGUGCACAGGAUGCUGGGCAGCAAAGCUGGCACUGGGGGAUCCUCAGGCUAUCAUUACCUGCGUUCAACUGUGAGUGACCGGUACAAGGUAUUUGUGGACUUAUUUAACCUUUCAACAUAUCUGGUUCCCCGACACUGGAUACCGAAGAUGAACCCAAUCGUUCACAGAUUCCUUUAUACAGCUGAACAUUGUGACAGCUCUUACUUCAGCAGUGAUGAAUCUGAGUAACUUCAUGUGAACAUCAAUGCAAAAUGUGGAUUUCUCGGUCUAGUCUUUAUUUUCAAAAUUUUCAUGAAUAUAUGGAUUUUAGAGUAACAUAUUUAUGUACAUAGUUCAGUAACAUGGUGUUCUGGUUCAAUUAUGGAAAUAAUUUAUUACUUUGUAUUUUGUGAUGACAUAAAAAGAAUCCUACAAUGAGAAAUAAUUCAAUUAAAUUUUAGCAUUGUACAGUGUUUUCCUAUUAAAAACUCAAUUGUUCCUGAUACUUUAAUGGAACUAAUUUUUAUAAUUAUAUCUUAUUGUUUCAUGCUUUCUAAACUUGUUAUCCUAAAGUUGAUUCAGAUAGUAUAUGCAAUAAUAUGUGCCAUUCUAAACAAAUUAUCAAACUUUAAAGUAACAAAUAUAGUCUGUGGCUGUGUAUUGUUUGUGAAACACUGUUAGGAAUCUUCAUGACUAGUUGCAGAAAUCUAACUGAAGCUUUCCCAGAAGAAAGUUAAGGGCUGAUUAUUCCAUUAGCUCUCAGAAUUCAAAGGAGCUUGAGGACUACUGACUCCAAAGGAACCCAGUUCAGUUCCUAGAAUAUUUUAUUCUUGAAAAAUUUUGAAGGUGUUCUUACCGCUUCUGUGGCAAGGUUAGAUGCAGUUUUCAUGCUGUGGGCCACUCUUUUCCGUGGGCUGUGUCUCUGCAUUCAGAAGGACAAAGGCGAUCUUUAUCCUGCUCAAAGGCCUGUAGGUUAGGAGGUAGUCACUGCUAGCACAUAGAAGAAUUGUCAAGGUACAAUUAGUAGUUCCCCAAGGAGAAAAUUCUUUCCAACAGAAUGAAUAGAUCAAUAAUAGCAAUACUAUCCAUUCCUAAUACACAUAUUAUACUAAGAGUUUAGAUCAGACCCAUAUUUUAGUCUUCUUUUUCUAUGGUGACAACAUUUAGUUAAGUUCCUGGUAUGGGAGAGGUACAUAAUAUUAAUGAAAGUAAUCUAAAGUGUACAUCAAUUUUGAACUAGAUAAAAGAUCUCUAACAAGGAAGAACUACUUGAUGGAAGUGGACCAUUCAUUGGUUUCUAUCACAGCAUCUUCCUCAUAAGGAUAAUAUUUAGCUGGUCUCUAUGUUGCAUGUAAAGUUACACCAUCUGUGUCCUGGGGCUCUGCAUUCGUGAAUCUAAUUAAUUAUCAAUUUUGAAUAUAUUAAAGAACAAUUUGCACCUAUAUUUUACUUAUCCAUUUUCUUGGCAGUAUUCUGUAUAUAAUGUAACUAUAAACAUAGAGUGCAUCUCAUACUUUGUAUUACAAGUAUCCUAGAAAUGAGUUAGAGUAUAGGGAAGGGCAUACAUUGAUUAUAUACAAAUACUGUGGUAUUUUACAUAAAAGAAUUGGGCGUUUA